AUGCCCUAUCCAGACUCGCGUACCGGGCAACCUAUUUCUAACAAUCAUACUGCCAAUGUGGUGUAUGGUGUGCAUCUUUCCAAUGGUGACCAGGAGAAUAUAUAUCACCCAUUUGCUUCUAAUAUGGAUUGGGAGGUUGCCAGAUGGGCAAAACUUUGUGGGCUCAGUUUGGCUGCUUUGUCUGACUUACUUGCUAUCGAGGGGGUCAGUGAAUGCCUCUCGCUCUCUUUCAAGAAUGCAAACAAGCUGAAUGCCAUCGUCAACCAUGAGCUUCCGACAGGCCGGCCCAAGUUCAAACAAGAGCAAAUCAUUGUUGCAGGAGAAGCCUUUGACGUCUAUUACCAUGAUGUGAUUGAAUGCAUCAAGUCACUGUACAGUGAUCCCAAGUUCACGAGAUACCUUGCAUUUGUGCCUGAGCAUCAUUACGCUGACGAGGAUGAGACUGUUUGUCUGUUUCACGAUAUGCAUACAGGAAAAUGGUGGUGGGAUACACAGAAAAAGCUCAAUCAGCACAGCCCAGGCGGCACCAUAAUUCCAAUCAUCAUCUCGUCCGACAAAACUCAAGUAACCUUGUUCCGCAACAAAUCUGCUUACCCUGUCUAUCUCACCAUCAGCAAUAUCCCAAAAGAAAUUCGACGCAAGCCAUCACACAGUGCCCAUAUACUUCUGGCAUAUUUGCCAUGCACAUGCCUCGAUCAUAUCUCUAACAAAGCCUCACACCACCAAAGUUUGGCAAAUUUGUACCAUGCUUGCUUGAGCUGUGUUCUUGCUCCCCUAAAAUCUGUUGGACUGGAUGGGAUUACUAUGGUGAGUGGGGAUGGCACCCUCUGCCGUUGCCACCUACUGUUUGCAAGCUUCAUCAGUGACUACCCAGAACAGCUCCUUGCUACUGAGAUCAAGUUCAGAGAGUUGUUGGAUGCCCUCACUACUCUAGAUAAGGGGAAUAUGUCCUUUGUUUGUGCUUGCUUGGCAGCAGGUAUCAUGCCUAUCAUUCAUCCUUUCUGGGAAGAUCUCCCAUUUGCAAAUGUUUUCCGUGCAAUCACACCAGAUGUAUUGCACCAAUUAUACCAAGGAUUAAUUAAACAUCUCUUAGGCUGGUUGAUGGCUGCUUGUGGUGCAGCCAAAAUUGAUGCUCGUUGUCGGCGUCUUCCUCCCAACCAUCAUAUACAUCUGUUCACCAAGGGCAUCACCUGCCUGUUGCAUAUCAGUGGGACCGAACACUCACAAAUCUGCCGCUUUCUUCUUGGUAUUGUAAUUGGUAUCCAACUGCCCAACAAUCUUAACGCAAACCAACUUCUACGAGCCGUCCAAGGUCUACUUGAUUUUCUCUACCUUGCACAAUAUCUGUGUCACAGUUUGGAGACCCUACAGCUACUCAACGAUGCACUCGGUCUUUUUCAUGAGAACAAGGACAUUUUCAUUGAUCUCGAUAAUUAUAAUACAGAUCAUACAGAAAGACUUCACAUUGACUAUGCUAAAGACACUUACCAUGCUACCAAUCACAAGGACGAGUUUGUGCAGAUGACAUGGUGGCUCAAAUGCAAAGAGAAAAUACCGCGCCAUGACAAGUAUGUCAUCUGGCGACUUGCUGGUGAUGUCGAGUAUAUGACCUUCUGCCAGCUUCAGACUAUGCCGAAACACCCUACUGCAAAAGCGGUCACUAUUGACAAAUUGGUUGAUGACUACAGCGCUACCCUUUUCUGUGAGGCACUUAGUCGCUAUAUUAUGCAGCUCAGGCAUGCCAAGAAUCCUAACCCCCUCCAUGCUCGAGCACUGGAAAUCAAGUGGGUCUCCAUCGAUGCUCGUGGUCAUGGCAACACAACCAUCACGUUGAAUUCUGUUUACGCGAGACCACAGCAGAGAUCAGGUUCUGGUCCACUGCCUUGUUGUUCAGACACAGUCCUGGUGAACCUUGGUGGCAAUACAGAAGCCAUUAGUGCAGGUAUAGAAACAUUCCACAUUGGUCAAGUACGAGCUGUUUUCUCAUUACCUUUGAAAUCACUCCUGCUCCUCUUUCCACCAACAGUCCAGGUUCCUAGCCACCUGGCAUAUAUCAAAUGGUUCUUGCCGUUUCCGUUGGCUCCUGAUCAACACCAUGGCCUUUACAAGGUCUCAUGUUCCUUGCUUGGUGGCGCAAAAUUGGCCAGCAUUGUGCCAUUGUCGAAGAUUGUGCGGAGUGCCCAUCUUCUGCUGAAUUUCGUUCUAGAUGACUGUAUCACUUUUUGGUUGAACUUGUAUGUAGAUAGAUACACUUUCUGUAUCUUCAAAUAA